GCCUCCUCGCACCCGCCACGGCCCGAACCAAUGCCCCCGGCCCGGAGGGGGGCUGCUGGCGGGAGGCGCGGGCAGGCGGGGGAGCUGGGCAGUGGGACCCCCCCGCCGGAGCACAGAGGGUGGCGGGGUCCCUUCCCAAACCCAACGGUCCCCAGCCCCCGCGCGGCGCGGCGCGGCGCGGCCCGGCAGCUUAGUUUACUGAAGUUGGGGACAGUAGAAGCUUUACGAUCCAUUGAAACUCUGUAUCAGACAGUCGCAGUUGAUGUUAGAAAGCAGGAACAGAUAUGCAGUUUAGUGGACAAGCAUGUGGAAUUCACUGCAGCUCUUUUCAAGAUGGCUCUUCUUUGGAAGAGAUGAUGGCUGCUUUGACAUUUCUGUAGUGCCUUUUUAUUGAAGGAGAAUUCCUAGUAGGAGAUACUGUUCUGUCUGCAAUAAUGAUGCUUCUUAUUAGACACAGAGAAUCAAAUCUCUGCAUAUAGUCUGUUUAGGAUCAUUUAUUGUAAAGCACUGGCCUCUUUGAAACAAGUACCCAGUCUUUGCAUCUGCAUUACUGAAAAUAAAUAAGAGGCAGCAGGAUUGUGACUUGCACUUACACGAUCAGCAACUGGAAAAAUGCCAGGUUCUAAAAGUAACUUGGUGUCUUUACAUGAGGAUGUUAUAAAUGAUACUUCAGACCUGAGUGAAAUGAAAAUUUCAGAUGAAAAAGGAUCUGUUGAAAAAAGAACAAAGACUCUGACUGAGAAGAAUGGUUAUCACGACUCUGUAUACAUAAAUGCAGCUAAGAUUUUUCAAGGCAUUCAUACUGAAAAGCGUAAGGAUAGAAUAUUGGUGCGGUAUGGUGAUGACUCAGUACCUCCCACGCUGACUUUUAAAGAUGAGUAUUCCCAGCAUGUAUCUUAUGAACUGGCUUUCAAUGCUCUAAAAUAUCAAGAUCUUCUUGAAGAAAUAUUGUUAGAUAGUUGUGUUUACCCAUGCCAGUCAAUACCAGAUGAAUUAACCAGCUUGCUUGUUGUGAUGCUUUAUGACCUACAAGACCGAAAGUUUCAAGCACGAGAGAUUUUUGAUGAAGAGGAACCUGUAGCAGAAGUUCAGAAAACAGAGCGUUAUCUAUACAACUUUAGGACCAAAUUGGCAGCUGCGUUAGCAAGAUGUCGCAUCAAACAUGGUGCUCUUUCAGUUGAAUACAUUCUACCAGAAACUGUACGGAAGCAGGAGCAAAGGGCUUCUGCUUUACCUUUAUGUGUUUGGAUAAACACAUUUAAAAUCAGCCUUCAAGAUGUUUUCAGAGAUUUGAAGAAGAAGGGCUUCACAAGAGUUGAAUCUGUGUCAGACUUCGACCAUUAUACGUACUGUAUGGACCAACAUUGCCAUGAUGUAUUGGUUUUUCCUUCCUCUCUUAAAGAAGAACUGCUUAACUUAGAUCUUUUUGCAGAUUGCAAACUCUUACUGCAGGAUAAGUCUCGCAGCCUUGCUGUACACUCUGCACAGGCACUGUUGAAUACGGAUGAUGACAUUAUAGUGGCUCACGUAGGUUCCCAUCUGACCAUUGCCCAUAUGUCCGCGCUGACAAUUCACAGCAUGUCCAGAAUUUUUGUUUGUGGUGUAAAAUCUUCAGCAAAAGCAGAUGAACUGAGGAACUUGUUCAGUCACAUGGGAUGUAAAAAUAUUCAGUUGUUACAUGAAGACUUUACUGAGAUUGGACCAACAGACCCAAGACUUCAAAAGGCAAAAGUUAUUUUGCUGCUACCCCAAUGCUCUGGACUGGGUGUUGGCAAUCCAAUAGACUUUAUUUUAAAUGAACAUGGAGAUGCAGGAUUGCUAAGAGAUGUUUUACAAGGAUCUGUAUCUGAGGAUAAACUCAGUAUUCUUGCUGAGAGGCAGCUUAAUGAGUUGAUGCAUGCAAUGAAAUUUAACAAAGUACAAGCUAUUGUUUACUGCACUUGUUCUGUUUACCCAGAAGAAAAUGAACUAGUAGUGAAAAAAGCACUGGAAUCUGGAGUGGAAGGAAAUAAAAUACAACCAUAUAGGGUUAUUCCUCCUGUUUUUUCUACUUGCUCCAAUUCAAAGGCUUCCACUGAAACUUUUUUCAAAAUGGAGCCAUCAGAAAUUUCCAGUGGCUGUUUUCUAGCUAUUCUAGCAAGAGAGAAAGAUUCUUCCGAAAAUGUGUCUGUUAAAGACAUUUUGGCUCGUGCUGCAGCAAAAGGACUACUAGACAGCACUGUUGUACAAAAAUCAAAGGAAGAGGAGAAAAAGAAGAAAGUAACACAACGUAGACGUAAUAUUACUGGUAGUGGUAUAGAGCCGAAGAUUGCAGAGUUCCUUCACCAUCAAACUGUAUCUAGUAUUAAGGCUGAAGUUCCCGUGUCUAAAGCAGUCAGUAACGUGCAACAAAAGAAUGUGAACCGAACAAACAGCUACGUUCAGCUAAAGAAAUCUAUCAACCCCAUUUCAGACACAGCUCUGCCUAAAGUGCUGAAGCACACAGCUCAUUUGUCAUCUAUGGGCAAGGCAUAUGACAGACAAACGUUUGCUAGAAAGCCACGCACGGAACGUAAGAGGGUUGUAUUGAAGCCUGUGGAAAUUGUUUUGCCUCCAGUGAUAACGCCAUACUUAAGUUCGCAAGGAAACAAACCCAGGGUUUCAUCAGGUCGUCAUUGCUUUCAUGGCUGGACUGGAGCAAAGGGUUCGAGUGGCAGGACACUCCCACCAACUGUGUCUAAAGUAGUCAAGCCAGCUGUGCUUAGCCAUCCUCGACCAUGGCUGCAAGAAUCUUCAAACUUCGACCUACCUUUAUACAGAAGACCAGUCAAUGUAGCUGGAACAGCACUACCUUUAGAAGAAAGGAUGUGAAUGAUACUACACCAGCAGUGUAGACAGCUGGCUCUUGUUCAUCAGAUAAAUGUCACUGCUUCACUGAAUCAGUGAAAAUUUCUUUUAGCAUUUUAAUCUGAGCCAGCUGUCCUAUUCAAAAGUGUCACUCACCUGCUGCAUAUCCCUGUGAGUAACCUGUGCUCCUUACCUGUUCCAGUAAAAGGAUAAACUCUGCUCUUGUUUCUGAACAAACUUGUAAGGAUAGAUCUAGACCUGCUCACACGCAACAUGUAGAACUGGGAAAAAAGUAAAAAAAUCCCUAUUUUAUUUCAAAACCAUCUUGGAGGAAGAGGGGUUUUACAUGUUAGAUAAAAGGAAUGGACAGUAAGGAGAUUUGGUUUUUUUUUUUUUCAAUAUGGUUGUUAAAUGCUUAAAAUAGAGAUUCUGCAGAGACCUAAACUAUUUUUUAAAAUAAAAAUCUGUAUCAUUCAUUAUUAAAUAUAAUUAAAAUUACUUGUAAAAGAACGUACAUGUGUCUGAUGACAGAAUUACUGAGCUACUUAUGUAAUAUGCACCAUGAUGUCCCACAGUCAGCCUCAUCUUGCUCUCAGGAGUCUGCGUCUUUGAAAUGUUAUGGAGGCUAACCAGUUAGAAUCUUGAUGUCUUACCAAGAGUAUCAAAGAGCUGGUAAGCAGGUCAGCAGCUUACUUUGUAAGCACCAAAUAUCACAUGGUGGCAAUAUCUGGGACUGACUUCAGAUGGCUUGUAGGUAGAAGUCUGUAUGCUCAGUUAAACACUCAUGACUUUUUGCAGUAAAACUGCAUCUUAUGUAACUCAUUUUCUGUACUCCAGUUAUGUAUUUGUAAUUUUCAACUAGAAACUGUUGAUUCAGCUUUCCAGAUACAAAAGUAUCCAUUGUACUGUUCUUGCCUCUAAACCACCAGUAUGUUUUCCCCUCCCCUCAACCACAAUUUGGAACAAAAGAAAUGAUUUUUCAGUUUCAUGGACCAGUAACAGUUGACACAAUCAUUUUAUGCAGCUAAAUUUAUUCUCAGAACAGAUUACAUUUAAAUGUGGAGAAGUGGUCAACAGCAGGGAAAAUUGUCCUUUUCGGUGUCAAUCACGUGCUUUACGUAAGACUGAGCUCUGCUAAUAAACAGUGGGCGUGUUUCCUUCUUUCAUA